AGAAGCAGCUCCGUGAAAUGGCGAAAAAGACGUACGACCUGUUGUUCAAGUUGCUCCUCAUCGGUGAUUCCGGAGUCGGCAAGACUUGUAUACUCUUCAGAUUUUCCGACGACGCUUUCUCUACGACCUUCAUUUCUACCAUAGGUAUCGAUUUUAAAAUCAAGACCGUCGAGUUGAAAGGGAAAAAGAUCAAAUUACAGAUAUGGGACACUGCUGGUCAAGAAAGAUUUCAUACCAUCACGACGUCCUAUUACAGAGGUGCCAUGGGUAUAAUGCUCGUUUACGAUAUAACGAAUGAAAAAACUUUUGAGAAUAUAGUUAAAUGGUUAAGAAAUAUCGACGAGCAUGCAAAUGAAGACGUAGAAAAAAUGAUACUUGGUAACAAAAGUGAUAUGGAAGAUAAACGCGUCGUUAGUACUGAGAAAGGAGAAGCAAUAGCGAGAGAGCACGGCAUCAGAUUUAUGGAAACGUCUGCAAAAGCUAACAUCAAUAUCGAUCGAGCAUUCAGUGAAUUAGCAGAAGCAAUUUUGGAGAAAAUUCAGGGAAAAGAACCGCAGGAUGCUCCGGAUAGAGUAACCGUCGAUAGAAGGGUGGAGAGAAGUUCCAAUCGGUGCUGCUAAUUUUAUAUUAUUUAUUUAAUGGCGCAUAAUAAACUAUCUAUAUCUAUAUCUAUAUAUAUAUAUCUAUAUAUAUAUAUAUAUAAACGCGUGCCACUUGAAAUAGAUUUGUGGAUAGAUAUAGAACAUAAUUUAAAACAUAAUAGCAUAAUUAAACUCUUUGUGACACUGCCUGAUCAAAACUGAUUCAGUUAAUUGGAUGUCAAUUGUGGUAAUAACAUUGAGUACAAUUUAAUGAAGGGUUGUCAACAAAUUAUCCAACUUUAUUUUUCAAUGUAAAAUUCUUUCAUUAUAUCCACAGGCUUCAGAGAAUGAACUGUAAAUGCUAUUUUAUGCAUACAUAAAUAUAUUUGUAAGUGUGUCUAAUGCACGUAUACAGACUGAACCUCCGUUGAUGAAGAAAGCUAAUAUAGAAUAUCUAUUGAUAUUAGCUUUAUCGAUAAGGCUUCAUUUUUUCAUACGAAAAUAUGCAUUAGUGGUCGAACAAAGUUAGUUAUGUCAUAUCGUUUGUUACGAAGCUGAAAUCUGUUACCAUGGGAAGCAUGAGAACGAAUGCUAACAUUUUAAACAUUUCUAUCUAUCUAUGUAAACUUUAAUGCUUUUUCAUAUGAACGUUGCACAUCACGUGGCUUCUUUACAAUUAAGUUUUAAUUGGAUCCUUUUUAAAUUUAAAUUGAAAAGCUUUGAACCAAAAGCUUUUAUCCUAUUUGUGUAAGACUAAUUUACUAUAAAUAUAAAUAUUCAAGAUUUCGAA